AUGGUAGCUGAGGUGCCGGUGUAUGUGCUGAUGGGUACGUGCGGGUGCGGCAAAACUACAUACGCCGAGCUGUUGGUCAACCGUUUCCAGUGUCAGUACAUCGAGGGAGACCUCUUGCACCCCAAGGCUAACGUAGACAAGAUGUCUGCGGGUAUACCCCUUACCGACGAUGACCGGUGGGGGUGGUUGACGUCCAUACGCGACACGUACGUGCAAAAGGCCAGGGAGGUGGCAGCCAAGGGGGUCGACAGGAGUGGUAUAAUUAUAGUGACCUGUUCCUCACUACGCAAAGUGUAUAGGGAUUUAUUACGAGAUGUGCCUAAAGGGUUGUGUCGAGUGGUGUUUGUUUACCUGAAAGGCACCUACAGUUUGAUUGAGUCCAGGAUGAGGGCCCGGAGCGACCACUUCAUGGCCUCCAAUAUGUUGGACAGUCAGUGGCGGACACUGGAGGAGCCCGACCCUCAACACGAGGCUGUGAUUAUUCAGGACAUUAGCGGCGAUACGGAAGCGAUUGUCGAGAAUUUGGUGCAAGAGAUCAGCAAACAAUUGAAUGUUUGA